CAGUAGCAGACUCCUACAUCCGCCAGUUGGAGACGGACGGUGCCAGCUGCUAGCUACGUUAGCUGUAGUUAGCAACUAGCUUCAGAGCCCUAGCUUACUGACUGCACAUGAGAGCCCUUGUGUGUGCGUGAGAGUGUGUGUGUCAAAGCUUUGAGCCCCCGCUCGGCCGUCCCAAAGUGACUCUGUGUGUUUGCGUGUACCUGUGCAUGCGUGGUGCGAGUGUGUGUGUGUGUGUGUGCGUGCAUGCGCACACAAACCCAUAUCUCUGCUCACUCUCUUCCUCCUCCAAGCAGCAAGCAGCAGCAGUGUGUCUGAAAGUCUGUGAGUGAGGAUAGCACGCAAAGAGGCAGACGCACACUUAUAAACACUCUCUGAGAGUCGACUGUUUACAGUUGGAGUCCAGUUACUCAGCAGCGGAUUCACAUCAUUUUACUGACACCGACAAAACGCCAACAUGAUGUUGAGGCACACCUUAGUCCAGGGCGGCCUGGGAGUGCUGGCUGUCAGGAGGGCAUGCGUUCUUUCCCGAUUUGCCCACUCCACGCCGAAGAAGGAGUAUCGACCGAUCAAGAAAGUCAUGGUGGCCAACAGGGGUGAGAUAGCUAUCCGUGUGUUCAGAGCCUGCACUGAGCUGGGGAUUCGAACCGUGGCCGUAUAUUCUGAGCAGGACACUGGACAAAUGCACAGGCAGAAGGCAGAUGAGGCUUACCUGAUCGGGAAAGGCCUCCCACCUGUUGCCGCAUACCUGCACAUUCCAGAUAUCAUCAAAGUUGCAAAGGACAACAAUGUGGAUGCGAUCCAUCCUGGCUAUGGCUUCCUGUCUGAGCGGUCAGACUUUGCUCAGGCCUGCACAGAUGCCGGGGUGAUGUUUGUUGGACCAGCCCCAGACACAGUCCGCAAAAUGGGAGACAAAGUGGAGGCCCGUUCCCUGGCCGUCAGUGCAGGAGUACCUGUGGUCCCAGGAACAGAUUCCCCCAUCUCAAGUCUGCAAGAGGCGCAGGCGUUCGCCCAGACAUACGGCUUCCCCAUAAUCUUCAAAGCAGCCUAUGGUGGAGGUGGUCGCGGCAUGAGGGUGGUCAGAGAAUACGAGGAACUCGAGGAGAAUUACCAGCGGGCCUACUCCGAAGCCCUGACGGCGUUUGGGAAUGGAGCCUUGUUUGUUGAGAAAUUUAUUGAAAAGCCAAGGCACAUUGAAGUACAGAUCCUCGGUGAUAAAUAUGGUAAUGUCAUCCACCUCUACGAGAGAGACUGCUCCAUUCAGCGGAGACACCAAAAGGUUGUGGAGAUUGCACCGGCGUUCCAGCUGGACCCUCAUCUCAGAGACCGCCUUCACUCUGAUGCUGUCAACCUUGCCAGACAGGUCGGAUACGAGAAUGCAGGGACUGUGGAGUUCUUGGUGGAUAAACAUGGCAAACACUACUUCAUAGAGGUCAACUCUCGACUCCAGGUUGAACACACGGUCACUGAAGAGAUCACAGAUGUGGACCUGGUGCACGCUCAGCUCCACGUGUGCGAGGGCCGCAGCCUGUCCGAACUCGGCCUCAAACAAGACAAGAUCAGGGUGAAUGGCUGUGCAAUCCAGUGCAGAGUGACAACCGAGGACCCAGCCAGAGGCUUCCAGCCAGACACAGGAAGGAUCGAGGUCUUCAGAAGCGGAGAGGGCAUGGGUAUUCGUCUGGACAGCGCCUCAGCCUUCCAGGGAGCUGUCAUUUCCCCCCACUACGACUCGUUGCUGGUAAAAGUCAUCGCUAGCGGAAAGGACCUGAACACCGCAGCCUCAAAGAUGAGCCGAGCUCUGGCUGAGUUCAGAGUGCGAGGGGUUAAGACCAACAUCCCUUUCCUCCAGAACGUUCUGUCCAACCACCAGUUCCUGCACUCCACAGUGGACACCCAGUUCAUCGACGAGAACCAGGAACUCUUCAACCUCAAACCCACUCAGAACCGAGCCCAGAAACUACUACACUACCUUGGUCACGUGAUGGUGAAUGGACCAACAACGCCCAUCCCAGUCAAGGCUAAGCCCUCCUCCACAGACCCUGUCAUUCCUCCUGUCACCAUGGGUGAUCCUCCUGUAGGUUUCCGUGACGUGCUGUUGCGCGACGGUCCUGAGGGAUUUGCCAAAGCGGUCCGUGCCCACAAGGGUCUUCUCCUAAUGGACACCACGUUCAGGGACGCUCACCAAUCUCUCCUGGCUACCAGGGUUCGGACCCAUGACCUGAAGAAGAUCUCGCCAUUUGUCAGCCACAAUUUUAGCAACCUGUUUAGCCUGGAGAACUGGGGAGGUGCUACCUUUGACGUGGCCAUGCGAUUCCUAUCGGAGUGUCCCUGGAAGAGACUGCAGGAGCUGAGAGCUUUGAUCCCAAACGUCCCGUUUCAGAUGCUGCUGAGAGGAGCCAACGCUGUGGGCUACACUAACUACCCUGACAACGCUGUCUUUAAGUUCUGCGAGGUGGCCAAGGAGAAUGGCAUGGACAUCUUCCGUGUGUUUGAUUCUCUGAACUACCUGCCUAACAUGCUGCUGGGCAUGGAGGCUGCUGGAGCAGCAGGUGGCGUAGUUGAGGCUGCCAUCUCCUACACAGGUGAUGUCUCUGACCCAAUGAGGCAGAAGUAUUCUCUGGAAUACUAUGUCAAACUGGCAGAUGAGCUUGUCAAAGCUGGAACCCACAUCCUAUCUAUCAAGGAUAUGGCUGGCCUGCUGAAGCCAGAAGCCAGCAAGCUUCUGGUCAGCGCUCUGAGAGACCGUUUCCCGGACGUACCCAUCCAUGUGCACACACACGACACAGCUGGAGCUGGUGUGGCUGCCAUGCUGGCCUGUGCCGAAGCUGGGGCUGAUGUCGUUGAUGUGGCAGUUGACUCCAUGGCUGGGAUGACCUCUCAGCCCAGUAUGGGAGCCAUGGUCGCCUGCACCAAGGGGACCAAGUUUGACACUGGCAUUUCUCUGGAGAAGGUGUUUGACUACAGUGAGUACUGGGAAGUAGCCAGAGGCCUGUAUGCACCGUUUGACUGCACUGCCACCAUGAAAUCUGGAAAUGCUGACGUCUAUGAGAACGAGAUACCCGGAGGACAGUACACCAACCUUCACUUCCAGGCUCACAGUAUGGGACUGGGCAAUAAGUUCAAGGAGGUGAAGAAGGCCUAUGCUGAAGCCAACAAACUACUAGGAGACCUUAUUAAGGUGACUCCUUCCUCAAAGAUCGUGGGUGACCUGGCCCAGUUCAUGGUGCAGAACAACCUGACCAGGGCAGAGGUGGAGGAGAGAGCAGACGAGUUGUCCUUUCCCCUGUCUGUCGUCGAGUUCCUGCAGGGAUACAUCGGAAUACCACAUGGAGGGUUCCCUGAGCCGUUCAGAUCUAAGGUGCUGAAGUCACUUCCCCGCAUUGAAGGUCGACCCGGUGCCUCUCUGCCACCUAUGGACUUCAAGGCCCUGGAAGAGGGGCUCCGAGCCGCACAUGGUGAUGACAUCACCCCUGAGGAUGUGAUGUCAGCAGCCAUGUACCCCAAGGUGUUCCAGGAGUUCAAGGAAUUUACUGCCAACUUUGGCCCAGUGGAUUGUCUCAGCACCAGGCUGUUCUUGGAUGGACCCAAGAUUGCAGAAGAGUUUGAGGUGGAGCUGGAGAGAGGAAAGAUCCUCCACAUCAAGGCCUUGGCACUGGGUGACCUGAACAAGGCUGGGCAGAGAGAGGUCUUUUUCGAGCUCAAUGGACAGCUGAGAUCUGUGCUUGUUAAAGACACAGUCGCCAUGAAGGAAAUGAAGUUCCAUCCUAAAGCUCAGAAGUCCAUCAGGGGUCAGGUGGGAGCACCCAUGCCUGGAAAAGUCCUGGAGGUCAAAGUAAAAGUUGGAUCCAAGGUGGAGAAAGGACAACCCCUGUGUGUCCUCUCGGCCAUGAAGAUGGAAACCGUGGUCAACUCCCCAAUGGCCGGGACCAUUAAGGCUGUCCAUGUCACACCCGAUGCUUCCUUGGAGGGAGAUGACCUGAUACUGGAAAUCGAGGAAUAGAGCAAGAGGGCAGAGGAGAGGGAGUGGUAGGAGGCAGGCAUCAGACAAUUUGAUCUUGGAAAUGGUGGGAGCUGGGGGAAUGGGGGGAGAUUGAAAUAAAGAGGAAGAGGAAGAUAGGCAUCUGUGACCCCAGAUAUGUAGAUAUUCUCUUUGGGUGCACUGGGGACAUAUAAUGAGGCUGUAUUCAUAUCCAGAUACCUGACGGGAGCAAAGAUGAGAAUGUAUGAUAGUCCUAAACAAUUAUUACUCAGUCCUGCUCAAAGUAAUUCCAUAGUUGUGCUAAUUAGCUCAAAUAAAUUUGACCUUUGCACAUGUCGUGUCAACUUGUGGAAAAUUGCAUUAAAUAUUUUAGAAUAACAUCAUAUAUAUGAAAUGUGAUACAUUCCAGUGCUGAAACACUAGUCUUAAAUGUGAGCUAACCAUGUCUGACACUAUCAGGGUUAUAACCUCACAUGUUUAGUGGGUAGAGGAAACUUUUACUUUGCUGGUUUUGAAAGAGAUGAAUAGACUUGUGGAUGUAUUACACAAUUACCGAUGUUCAUAAUGGAACAGUCGUCAUUGUUUUUAGCAUUCUCGCUUUUACAGGUUGUUUGUAAUCUUUGACUCUAUUCACGGUGCAUUCUGGGAAUGUGUAUUCACUGUAGCAUUUAGGCACUUUGUCCCCCAAUUUAAAGUUAAAUAUUUCUUUAGCAAUGACGGCACAGUACACAGGGGCUGAAGAAGUAAAUCGCAUUUUGUCCAUCUGGGGUUUUUUUUUUUUUUUCCUUGCAAUAAGAGAAGCACAACAAAGCGAGAUUAGGUUGAUAAGGACACACCAGUAACAUCUGAUGUUGCUCCAAAGGGUAUUUUUCAAAAAGUACUGUCAGUGCAAGUAAGUGGUUUCCCUUUUUUUAAAGAUCUCUGCAGGUGUUUUCUUACUCAUGUCUGAUUUCUAACCCUCAAAAUUUAGAAAUGUGCAAAUCGGAUUACAGUUGGUUUGAACAUGGCUCUUAAUUCAAAGCCUAUCGCCAUGAAUAUAUUCGAGGUAUGUCGACAUACAGUCAGUCGUGGUGUUUGAGGUCUUUUUUUUAAGUGUGAGAUGUUGAAAAAGUUGUCAGAGAAGCGGUUUGACGGUCUCUUCAGAACCAGGCAGAGAUUAUGGUGGAUGGUCUGUCUGCAUGGGGAUUUUCACUGCUAGGUGUAAAUGGGAUUACAUGGUGCUGUAAUGGAGCCAUGUGAUGUUAUUUUCUGAGGCUCUGCUGAUUAAUUUAUGGAUUAAUUCUCUGUCAAAUGAUGUUAAAUUAGCCGGACUAAUAAGGGACUCUGGAGACUCCCAGCAGCAGCGCUCUGCUUUGUGUCUAAUGCGGGUGUGUUUGCACAAAUGACUCAAUGUGCGCGUGCAUGUGAGCAAAUUCUAAAACAAAUUCAGCCCAGCCUCCGUAACACACCUCCUGAUAUCAAAUUACACUCUAGAAAAAAGUUAAAUAGUCACAUUCACACAUGCUCUGGUGCAAAAUACCCAAGCUAGCCCUUCAGUACUGCCUGAAUCACAGCAAAACACCUAACUGUGGCUUUGUCUCUACAGUACGACCAGUGUAGCAAUAAACGUGCUGAGAAUAAACACAAAAUUAGACUCAAACUCAGUUUUGCCCCUCUGUUAUCUGCAGGCCUUCCAACAGUCUGUAUGUCUUCACCCCUGAAGCGAUGACUGAAUGUUUUAAACUACCCUGACCAGUGAAGGUAGACAGUCACAUCAUUUACAAAAAAAAAUUGUCACUGUUUCCUUGUAAUACAGUGAAGCAUGAAGUGUGUGGGACGGCGAGCCAGAAGAGAGAUCACAGCAGCUUUCCCGAGUCAUCUGUGCUCCUUUAACAGAAAACAUUGAUUGGGGGACAAAAUUAAAAUAGCAGUUUGUACUGCACUGGAUCGUUUCCAGCAUUUUUGCUCCAUUACCGCUGAGAAUGGAUCCGCUUUUGAACCGCGCAUCAAUACUGAGCAGCGAUGCCGUAGUUAAUUGGAACGCUGAUGUCUCCUCGCUCUCCCAGCCCACUGCAGUGCCUCACUGUAUCUCCUGGUUUAUCAGUCUGUAUUUGAUUCUCUUCAAAGAGACAGAGAUGGAUUGGUAGGUUGAUGUGAAUAGUUUUUGACAAGCUGUAAAGAACUGUAAAGUUUCCCCCACCCCUUCUUUUCCUCACUUUCCCUGCUUUCUCUGCCUCAUCUACCAAACCAUCUUUCUAUUUUUCUCUCCAUCCCGUCACUUCCCUCUGUGUAUAUUUGCACAUGCGAGACGAUAGCAUCGAUUCAUGCAAUAAAGUAUCAAUGUUUCCCUUGGUCUUUAGCCAGCAGCGAUUCUAACAGCCGUGCUUAUGUCAGUGUAGUACUGCUUCAUGUCUGGGGGGGAAAGAAGAAUAAAUUGGAGAAAAAGUACACACAGCUGGAAAAUGUAAUUUGUUUCAGAGAAGGGGAUAAUAAUGUCAACCUAUUCUUGAGCUCAUGCUAUCUAGAGCCGAACUGUCAGAGUAUGAAAAUGGGGUCUGUGACAUUUCCAUUUUCCUGCUAUCGCUUCUCUUUUUUUAUGAAGCCAAGCUGUUUGUUUAGCAGAAAUACUGCCUGCUGAUUUCUCCCUGUCUACAUUAUAUCAAAUGUUUACUAAUUUGUCAAGUCAGUUUUCAAAUCUACAUUUCUCUAAUUGACGUAGUUUACAAUUUAACUGUACUAAGUAUGUUUAGGUCUCAUGAGAGACUCUGAGCUGGAUCACAGAAUAAGAGAAACAAAUGGCAUCUAGUAAAAGUGAUACAUGUUCUAUCUGUACUUACAAAUAAAGUUAGCUAAAACUAAA